AUAGAAAAGCGCACAGAACGUAUGGAGGACCAAAUAAAACCAUCUCCGGUGCCCGUAAUCAAACAGGACCAGCAACUAAUCGCUGUCGUCAACACUCUGCUGGACAGCUUAAAUGACAAGGAGGAGCUACUACGUAAUACGACGGAAGCAUCCCUGAUCCGCAUAGCCAAGCGGAGGUAUGAUGAAAUCGUAGAAGUGUUUUGUGAGUAUCGCAACAAACAUCCAAAGCUGAGUGACACACACACACUUAUCAUACUGAGAGUGAUAUCCUACAUUGCUAGCAAUUUGAUAGACGUUAUCGAUCCGAACAUGGCCUCCAAAUGCAUCCAGUACAGCAUGGCGGAAAUUAUGAAGAUCACCGAACAGAACACAGUAGUGCAAAAUCCCUGCCGAGAAAUUCUGGUCGCUGUUGGGCGUCGAUAUUGCAAAGAAAUUAUGGUAAUCUUUGUGAAACAUCUGGAACACAACCAGCUAGGAAAUUUCAUCAUCAUGCAAUCGGUGGGUGCACUUGCCACCGCAAACACCAUGGACACCGUACCGUACAUUAAGCCCAUUCUUGCCCUCAUUCUACCCACUCUCGCGAUGGUGAAGCAAGACUUUCUCCGCCAAGCGUACGCGUACGCAAUUGGACGGUUCUGUGAGGCAUUCUCCGAACAUCAAGAAUACCAGCGGCAAAAUCCAUACGAAGAGAUCCCUAUGAAAACGAGCGUCCGGUAUGAAAUACACGACGAAGUGUCGAUCGUGUACGACCACUUUCACAUACACUGGUUAUCGUCGCGUGAGCCUAAAGUUACUGGUGAGGUAUUGAAUGCGUUUGCCUUCAUGUAUCCACUGCUACCGGUGAAGCGAGUUAGCGACAAUCUCCCCAAAACUCUCACCAGCGUAUUGGCACUGUACCGGAAGAGCCUGGACCGGAGCGCUAUCACGCAAUACCUUGCCGCGAUUAUCAAAACUGUGCUCGAGCUCGAUUCGAAGCUACUCGGUCCUAUGUCGGACAGUCUGGUUGCGUGUCUGUUUGAGCUAGUGUGUGUAAAUCCCGACUACGACAAACCGCAAACAGUGAAAGGACACUUUGAGGUGCUGCGGUGUUUCGAUCUACUCGCACCAGAGUACGGGGAAAAGAUAGUCGAAAUACUGCUGAUCCAUCUGCGCAACAACAAUGAACGGGAACGCAUUAAAUCGUUACUGGUGGUGACACAUCUAACCAAUACGUCCGAGCCGGUCGUGCGUGAUAAGCUGCCAGAGAUUACGGCGAUCUUAAAGAGUAUGCUCGCGGCGGAAAAGCAAAUUAAAGUGAAGAUAGUGCUGCUCAAGACGGUGGUCGCGUUCAUGCAGAAGAACUUUGUUCGUGAUCAAGAGUUUGUAACGUUUCUGAUACGGAGCAGCUGCCGGCCAAAUAAGAUUAAUCUUGACCAUGGCACUGCAGGCGAGCAUCAAGAAUUUCAACGCGCGUGCAACGAUACAAUGCACAUACUUGCUUCCACCGUUGGCACGGUGGACCAUAUGCUGAAGGUGGAGUUACUGCAUGCGUACCUACGGUUCGAGUUUACCGACAUAUGUGGUACGAUAGGCAAAUGUUUGGCGAAUCUGUUUACCAAGGAUCCAGAGCUAGCUCUUGCGACCGAGCGGCGCCAGAAUCCGUUCGACGAGAGUUCGUCGGAGGAACCGGAUGAAAUACCACCGCCGCGACCGAUUUCGGUGUUCGUUCGUACGCUUGCAUUGUUAGGUAAUUUUAGCGAAUUGAGUCGGAUUCAGUAUCUGCUUGCGUUCCUAAAGAGUUUCGCUGGUAGUCUUUACCGCCAUUUGGUACCGCUGUGGAGCGAGUUGCUAGGCACUCUCCAGGCGGAACUAGCUAGUGGCAUCGAUGAGAUGCGUUACUUCGAGCUGUUGUUUGGCUUCGUGCAGGAAACGAUCCGCGAUGUGGACGAAUACAAGUUCGUGGAAAGCAUAAUCGCAGAAAUGUUCCACCAACUCCCACUCUACCAACCAAUCGGAAGCUAUACGGGAGGAGUUGGGCAAACGUUAGAAUUUAGGGUUCCACCACUGGACCUGGAGAAGCGCAUGUUGGUGAAGAUAUUUGGCGUUUGCUUGUGUCAUUCGCUUGAUGAACAUCUGAUAGCCAACAAGCUCGAUCUGAUCAUUGCCCUAGCGAAGGCAGAAAAGGUAGACAAGAACGCACCAAACGAAGAGUACGAACGGCUUAUGCAGGACUAUGCGGAAGCCCUCGGGUACGCCUCGGUAGAGCAUCUAGACAAGGUAAUGGCCAAGUUGAUGGCGCUCGUGAUCGACGAGGGAACAGUCAAAAAGUCGAACAGCUUUUUCUCGAACCUCAACUUCAUCAAGGACAGUGCACGGGAACUGGAAGCAUACAAACUGAAGGUGCUGGCACUGCAAGCGCUGCACGUUAUUCUGGGCCGUGCCCCGAAGGAAACUAUGGCACAGCACUUUACUGAACCGGUGGUACGCUAUCUGAUCGCCCAGUUCGACAGUAAGGAGCUGUUUGUGCGAAGGCUCGUCCUAAAGACACUGCUCGCCCUAACCGACGCACUCUCUCCUUCGGAUGAGGAUGAGCUUAUGACUAACGAACGCAACUGUACCGAUCUGUAUCGUAUCUGCAUGACCAUCACGGCGGACAGCAGUUAUGAGUACUUACCACUGCUACCCUCAAUUAUACAACUGGCGACGCUGCUGGUGAAACUGAGCACUGAAGAACAAAACCUGGACGUGAACGGACUACUAAAUGCGAUAUGUUUCUACUUUUUCACCACUGCACAGAACCUCAAGUCGCGGCUAGACUCCUCGGAAGACGAUACGCGUACCAGCUACUUGGCGCGGUAUCUUAACCUUUCGCUGCCGGAGGUGAACCAAUUCAUUCGGACAGUUUUGGUGCAGCAAAACGCUUCGCCCGCCUGUCUGGACGAUGUGCAUUCUAUACUGGAAAAGUGGCUAAAGGAUCGUAACGGCGAGGUGCGUAUCUGCGCAUGUCACGUGUAUAACAGCACGCUCGAGGUGUACAUGCGAUCAAUGAAGAUAGGCUGCGAAGCACCGUCCAAGUUCAAUCAGACUGGUAGCAUGCUGGGCAAGAUCAUACCGCGUUGCAUCGAUUCGAACGCAACCGUCCGACAAACGGCGGUGGAGGUGUUGAAAAAGAUCCUUGAAAUUGCCUGCGUUUACGAGACGCUAACCGUGGCGGACAGCAGCGUUGAAUGGGUGAACGAGCUCGACCGGAUCCGAGACGAAAUUGUUACGGACGAUGCGAAAGACAUAUACCGGAUUGCUGCAGAGCUGGCACGCAUCAUUGCCCAACGAUUGUCCAGCUAUCAGUAUGUGCAGUUUAGCAAAUGUCUACUGUACAGUGUGAACGAUCCGGAAUCGAGCUCGGUGAUCGGUGCGUCGUACGUCCUGAAGUUUUUCAUGCACGUGAAGGGCACGGACAUGUUCCACGCUAUACCGGAACUGGUGAAGGAGUGUCUCUAUGCGGCGAAAAUCUGUGAAGUAGCAAGGGCCAAAACAACGAUUCUAAAAUCUAUCCUAGCCUUCACGAAACACCACCCAAAGCUAGUUUGUAACGAGAUUCUCACACAGUGUUUACCGCUGGAAGACCAUGUCAUUGAGUACUGGAAAACGGUCACGAUGGACCCGGAUCUAAGUGGGAUUAUUAUAGACAAUUUUAUCAGUUCCAUUACCUCUGCCUGUCUGUACGAACUACUGCAGCAACAGCAACAACAGUCGGAAGCAAAUGAUGAAUCAACUCGGAUCGCCACCUUACACCCAUUCGCCAUCGUGUGCGUACUGAGGGAGAUGUUCCGAUGUCCGGAGCUAAGGAACGAAAUGCAAUCCCGCUUUGCGGAGAUUUUCUGUAUGCUACUGUCAACGCUCGCUUCCUACAUAACACUUCUACCACCGUACACGGUACUCGGACAAUCUUCAACGGCUGUUAAUGUGACCAUUCCCAAAGGUAAUCGGCGAGUCGCGAAAGGAAAUGCAAGUGGAUCGAGUAAACACACAGCACUAAAGCUAAACCCGUGCCAGAUGGUACUGGAAGCGUUCCAAACGUUCUUGGAAACGCUAGGUAUGCAGCAAAUCUCGCUCGUGCUAGCCGUCUGUCCGGACUUGGCAGCCAGUACAGAUUUGAAUAACUUUAUUGAAAUUCUAACACCGCUUGGUGUGGCAACGGCCAGUGAGGUUGGUAUCAACUCUGCCCUAAUGCGCCAAAUAGUGACAACCAUGAGCCGGUACGUGAGCAGCCCGUACGAUACGCAACGGAUUGCGUCGACCGGGUUUUUCGCCCAUCUUAUGCCACUACAACCGUGUGGCGAGUCGGCGUCGGUCAUUAUGCUAAGUCUGGAGUCUUCGCUGAACGAUCCAAAUCCGCUCGUUCGUGGUUUAAGUAUUAGAGGUAUGGCGUACUUGUGCAGCCUCACGCGGCACGAUAUCGACAAAUAUGCUACGAUGUGCUUAACGUCCCUGCUGAAAGGUAUCGAAGACUACAACGAACACUGCUUCAUUAACAUCCCGCUCGAUAGUAUGCGUGGGCUGUCACGUAUACUGCAAGCGAUCGACCCGGCCAAAUUCGAACCGUUUCAGGUGUCGUCCGCCAUUCGUAUCAGACCAUUUUUCGAGAAAAAUUCUACCGAACUGCGAGAAUCGGCUAUCCUGCUGUUUGGAGACAUCUGUGGUUUGAAACUAAAGCAGGCAUCGAACAAUUCGGAUGGACAAUUGCAGGAACCGAUUUCCGAACUGCUGAUGGAGCAGCUGCGGGCGAAUUUGUGCUCUCUUUUAUUGCAUCUUUGCGAACAGAACAGCAUGAUUGCGCGUGCGUGUAAGAUCACGCUCAAAAACGUGUGCGCUUUGCUCGGUACGGCGAAGAUGAAUGCGUUGGCGCAAAACCAUUUGUUAGAACACGGUCAGCUGCAGUGCACAGUCUUCUUAAAGGAUUUUGUCAAGCUUAUCGGUGAAGAAUUGCAAUAUUGGAUCAAUGAUUUCAUCGACGCGUGUUUACCCAUGCUGCGAAGUCAGUGGCCCGAGAUACGCGGAAACGCUGCAAUGCUGAUCGGGCUACUUCACUGUCAGAAUGCGAACGUAAAGUCGCAGCAUAUGGAGCAAAUCGGUCAUAAAAUAUCUUUACUGCUGAAGGACGAAUGCACGACGGUAAAAGUGAACGGUUCCGAAGCACUCGGCUACAUUUACGGUGAAAUGUGA